GUAAACAUUUGUUCGGUCCGUCAAGUCAAAAACGCGAACGCCAGUACAUACAGGUCGAUAAGUGAGAAAUUAAAAAAAAAAAUAAAUAAAUUAUUAAUAUCAAAACGCCAACCCUUGGUCGAAAAAAAAUACUCGCGCAGUUCGGUAGCUUUCGUUGACAUCGUGGAAAGUGAAUAAAAAAUCGACAAAAGUAAAGAAUUAUAAGGCCUUUCGCUGGGAAUUGAAAUGUUAUACAUGUAUGAUGAAGAUUGCUUGGGAUGGUGCGAAUGUGAAUAUAAAUGAGCACCAGUGAGUGAGGCUAAUAAAUAAAAUCCACUAAGAAAGAAAUUCUGUUUUAACCCUCAACGCAAACCCAUAGCCGAUACAAAAAAAAUACAAAAAUUCUGUGUGUGGAAUUCUGUUUUACUAUAGUUGUUGUGUGCAAUUUCUGAAGAAAAAGUGCCAAUCACCUGUGUAAAUUUCAUUUCUUUUGGAAUAUUUAUUGGUGGUGUUUGUUGUUGCAUUAUUGUAUGUUUGCUGCUGCUGCUGCUACUACUGCUGUGGUGCGGCACCAAAGUAUACGUGUGCGUUCAUGUGUUUGUGUGUUUGCCGUAGCCAGCCGUCGAUUGUAAAGUGAGCGUGUGAGUGAGUGAGCAAACAAACGAGGCAACCAACCCAAAAGAAAAAAACGCCGUGAGGGCAUAUAAGAAACAAGUGAUAGAUGGAAACAUAGUGAAAUAUAAAAAAAUAAUAACAGCAACAGCAAAAAUUCAGCAAAAUUACAAGAAAUAAAACAAGCACAAGAGAAAACACCUAAAAGUGUAAAGUGGUCAGAGCAAAAAUAAUAAUAACAUCAAAAAGAAGAAAAAUCAGCAAUAUCGCAAAAAAGCCGACGACGACAGCAGACAACCAGCCAGCCAGCCACCAACAACAAGAAAUGUAAAUAUUACAACACAACUGCAGCAGAAAUAUAUUUACGACGUGCUCCCGUGCAUUAUAAUCACGCGCAUCGAGGCACCAGCAAAAAAAAUUAAAUUAAGAAAAAUAAACUACAAACAAAUUAACAACUAUCAACAAAACUAUCAAAAGAGUAGAGGAGUGGGAGCAGCAUCAUUUCAAAUUGUUGGCAAAAAUAUAAAAAAGCUGGAAAAGAGGGACGAAAAAGAACCCUCUCUCUCUCGUCACGUCUGAGUUAAAGAAACAUUGUAAAACUUUUACCCAAGCACAACAAAAUCCAUAGAAAAAGGAUAUCAACGCACACGCACACACAAAAAGAAGUAGAAGAACCAACAAAUCUCUCGAAGAGGAAACAAAUCUCUGGAAAAAGCGGAGUGGUCGGGAAUAUAGACGAAGUUAUCAUUUUUAAUGGACUUACAUCAAAAUUAGCAUCAAGAGAAAAAGAAAAACGAGAUUUGUAAAUUGCCGACAAAUUAGAGGUAAGCGAUGCAAUAAAACAAGCGGGCGAUGAAAAAAGAAGUUAAAACUUCAUUGCGCAUCAAUAUCCUUUUUCCUUCCAAUUCAUGUCCAUUUAAAGCUGAACACAACCACCCGACAGAAACUCAAACAAAAAUUACCAAAGAAUAUCUUAUGCAUUUUUUAAGGAUAACAACAGGACGAAAAUAUCCGUACAAAAGGAUAUAAUAAUAAUAAUAUUUUUUUGUUUCAAACAUGACUACCAUUCGUAAUUAAGUGGGGGAAAUGAGGAGGACGAAGCUACAGCUACAGCAAAGGUUGAAAAGAAAAUCAAAAGAAACCCCCUAAAAAAAAGUAAAGAAAUACAUUCAAGAUUUUUCGAAUUUAAAGCGAAAAAGGCAACAAACGCACAAAGGAACGAAAAGGAACUGAAAACAAAAACGUUGGUUGGUAAUGCCCAAGGAUUUAUGCACAAAAUAAAACCCAACCCCAAACCAUAAAUUCCAUAUUUAACGCACAUUUGCUGUAUUUCAUUUGGGUGUUAACAUAAUUCUGACUUAAGGGGAUAAACGGAAAUAGAGGUGGAUGAGCAUAAAGGAAAUCUCCAGAGGUUGAAGGAUAAAUAAAAAGCACGAACAAAAACUACUACCACUACGUGAAAAACAAAAGUCCACGACGGAGACAAGGACAAGGAAAAGUCAUUGCCAUAAUCACACGUACAUUACCUUAAAACGGGUUGGGGAAAAAUUCCAAAACAUUUCAAUUGAUCCUUCAAGGAUUCAGUUUAUGCUUACAAGAAAACCCCGGAAAUCCUGCCCGAAGCCAUCAAUUGGGACAUCAAAACUUUUUACAAGUUCAGCUGAAGCGACAAGUUAAACACAUGUAUUCCCCAAAUGAGCACACAUUGUCAAGGCUUCCUCGGGCACAGCAACAAAAGUGGAAAACUUAAAGUCACAUCUUAAAAAACAAGAGGAAGAACAAAGACAUAUUUCUACACACAAUCGGAGGCUAAAGGCUGAAAUCCAAAGAGCCAAAAAACAAACGGAAAUAGCAUUUAAACAACUUUAACAUAAUCUAAGGAGACGAGGAAGCGAGCGACGCGAGACCACAGCACAACUUUUAUCCUCAGCACCAAACAAAAACAAAAAAACAACGACCGUCGUUCUCCAUUCCUAGCCGAACAAGUUAAUUCUACUUUUCUACGUACUUAAAAUUUAAUCUCUCUGUUUAUUGUCUCAAAACACGCACCAUUUGGAGGAUAUUUUGCUUCGCAGUCCCAUACAACCAUUUUUCUAAAUUUUCACCACCCCGCCAACAACGCCCAACCAACCAACCAAUAACACACCAAAAUCUAUUUAUUGGAAUAUUUCGAGUGCGGCCUGAGUUUAAAUAAAAAACCGCCAACCUGGAACUAAUGGAAUUAGAGAAUAUUGUGGCCAAUACGGUCUACUUAAAAGCAAGAGAAGGUGGUUCGGAUAGCAAUAAGGGGAAAAGUAAGAAAUGGCGAAAGAUUCUACAAUUCCCUCACAUAUCACAGUGUAUACACCUGAAAGACAAAUUAGACAUAAGUUAUGGCUACGUCAUCGACCAACAGCCCAUCGGACGCGAACUGUUUCGCCAGUUUUGUGAAAGUAAGCGGCCGCUAUACUUCCGUUAUAUCUCAUUUCUGGAUCAGGUGCAAAAUUCAUAUUGUAUUCUUCCCAAUAAAAUCUGCAGAUAUGAAGUGGAGUACGAUGAGAAUCGUAUUAUAAUAGCCCAUGACAUUGGAUGUCGAUUUCUGGAUAUUGAGAGUCCCUCAACGGCGGCCCUCAACAAUGGCAAUGCCGUGGAUGGUGAGGGAAAUAAUGGCGAGGAAGAGCAGCACCAAAAGCUGGACGAUGAAAAGAUACUCACCUCGGAUCCGGAGAAUAUCACUACAACAUCAACAACAAAUCUUGUAGAGACUGAAUUAUGUAACAAUACCACCGCCAAUAUUACCACACCACCAACAACAGCAGCAACAACUACAACAACCAGCAGUAGCAGUAAUCAUAAAAACUUUCAUCAUCACAAUGGUGAGGAGCAUAAUAACGAUGAGGUUGGCACCUUUAAUGAUGGUGGUGGCGGCGGCGGUGGUUGCGGUGAUGGCGGUGGUGGCAUCGAUGAAGUUGAUCGAAUCAAAAACUGCAUUGAUUCGACCGCAACAACGGUAUUGCCUCAAUUAAACGGAAAUUCCACAAAUGCCAAUAAAUCUCCCCUUGCUUCCGAUGAAUUCGUUUUGGACGUCCUAAAUGAUGAUCUCAUUUCGAGGGUGCGCAGUAAAAUCACCAGCGGCAGUAAGGAGCUAUUUGAACCCUGCGUUAAGGCCGUGAAGGCAUUUUUGGCCGGCGAACCAUUCCGAGAAUUUGAAACGUCUAUGUAUUUUCAUCGUUAUUUACAAUGGAAAUGGCUGGAGGCCCAACCUAUUACAUACAAAACAUUUCGCAUGUAUCGUGUCCUGGGUAAAGGUGGCUUUGGUGAAGUCUGUGCAUGUCAGGUACGUGCCACAGGGAAAAUGUAUGCUUGUAAAAAAUUAGAAAAGAAACGCAUUAAAAAACGCAAAGGCGAAUCUAUGGUCUUGACUGAAAAACAAAUACUGCAGAAAAUUAAUUCCCGUUUUGUUGUUAAUCUGGCCUAUGCCUAUGAAACAAAGGAUGCUUUAUGUUUGGUGCUAACUAUAAUGAAUGGUGGUGACUUAAAAUUCCACAUUUACAAUAUGGGCGGUGAUCCGGGUUUUGAAAUGGCACGAGCUAGAUUUUAUGCUGCCGAAGUUGUCUGCGGCCUGGAGCAUUUACAUCAACAAGGCAUUGUCUAUAGAGAUUGUAAACCAGAAAAUAUUUUACUAGACGAUCAUGGGCAUGUACGUAUCUCCGAUCUGGGUUUAGCUGUGGAAAUUGAUGGUGAAAUGGUUCGAGGUCGUGUGGGAACAGUGGGUUACAUGUCUCCAGAAGUAAUCGACAAUGAAAAAUACUCAUUCUCACCGGAUUGGUUUAGUUUUGGCUGUUUACUCUAUGAAAUGAUUGAGGGUCAGGCUCCGUUUAGGGCACGCAAAGAAAAAGUCAAACGUGAAGAAGUCGACCGAAGAGUUAAGGAGGAUCCUGAAAAGUAUUCCAAUAAAUUUACCGACGAGGCCCGUUCAUUAUGCCAACAGUUACUCGCCAAAUCUGUCAAAUUACGUUUAGGCUGCCGCAAUGGUCGAUUUGGUGCUCGCGAAGUCAAACUGCAUCCGUUUUUUAAUUGUAUCAAUUGGAAACGUUUAGAGGCUGGUAUGGUUGAACCACCGUUUGUACCAGAUCCCCAUGCAGUUUAUGCCAAAGAUGUCUUGGAUAUUGAACAAUUUUCAACGGUUAAAGGUGUUAAUAUUGAUGAAUCCGAUUCGAAUUUCUAUACGAAAUUCAAUACUGGUUCUGUUUCAAUAUCAUGGCAAAAUGAAAUGAUGGAAACUGAUUGUUUUAGAGAACUAAAUGUAUUUGGUCCCGAUGAUAAUCCAACACCCGAUUUAUUAAUAAAUGCCAUACCUCAACCAGACACAACUGGAUGCUUCCCCUUCCGAAGAAAGAAGAAACAACCGGCUAGAACUCAACCCAUUCCCAUUCCCGAACAUUUGUUAACCACUAGUCAUAGUGUUAGUUCAACAACUGUUGAGAGCUGAUAGAAGAAAAUCAAUAAUUCCACAAUGAAAAUGUCAACAACAACAACAAUUACUACUGACACUACUAAUGCCACUUCAAAACAACAAGAACAACAUCAACCAUAAAAACAAUUAAUUAUCAAGAACUACUUAACCCCUUUUAGGACAGCCACUUUAAGAAAUAAAUUACUUUAAAUGACGAAAAAGAAAAACAAAUAAAAUUAAAAAAACGGAAUAUUAAAAACGUAUAAUCGGAAAUAAAAUUCUUCACUACCCCCAUUGUUGGCAUGUAUGCAUAUGCCAUACAAACAAACAACCGCACAACAUUAUACAAAUAAUAAAAAGAAACAAAAAAUAAUCAUCAUCUUACAUUUUCAAAUAAUCUACCGUAACUAACUGCAAUUACAAGAAAGAAAAAACAAAUUAUAUAUUUUAUAAAAUCAUAAUGGGAAUCCUUUUUUGCCAUCUAAAUGUAAGAAUACGUACAAUACACACACACAAACACACAGAGAUUCAUACAAUUUCAUUUUCCAAAAAAAUCCAUUAAUUGUAUAAAUAUUCUCUUUAAGCAUAUCGAUUAAUGAGAAUAAUUUUCCAUACAAAGAAUAGAGAAUAGAGGAAAAAGAAGAUCCUUGAAAAACCAGACACCCCUCCCAUGUUUAUGGGCAACAAACAACCCCCUAAUCACAUUACGUGCUAAGGAUAAUACAGUCGUAUAUAGUCUUUCUCCUGAUAUUUUAGGAGUCCUGUUUAGUUUAUAUUUUCUUUUUCUUAGAAUUAAGUUUUAUUUGUACACUUUAGCAUUGUGUCUAAUAAGUAAAUAUCGUAACUAUAAACAAUUUAAUUUGAUACAUUUGUUUGUAUAAUUAUAUCUAUAUAGCACGUGGGCUCUAAAGUCCACGAGUCUUACUUGAGUCUUUGCUAUUACAAUGCCAUUAUUGUAGAAAAUGUUUUCUUUGUCUUUAAACUGACCCUAGUCUCGACGGGAACUAGAAUAUAUUCAAUGCAAAGAUUUUUGAACUUUGGAUUUUAUAGCUGGCAACGAAAUCUCAAAAACAUUGUCGGAAACCGAAAUUAAAUACCAAUAAUCUCUUAAGCCCAUGACUUUCUAGUCCACGUGUUUAAAUUUCUUGUACAUUAUUAUUUUUGCUAAUUUGUAACUGUAUUUUUUCCUCGUUUUUUUUUUUCUAAUAUUAAGUUGUGUAUUUUUUAAUAUUACUUACGAAAUUUAAAAGACUUCUUUUUAAAAAAACACACCCACAAAAAUAAAUAUCCAACAAUAAAAACUAAACUAUAAAACAUAUUACAAAUUUAUUGCAUAUUUACAAAAUGAGCAAACAAAAACGCAUAAUUUAUACAUACUCUGUUUUUACAGAAGUAAAAACAAAACAAAUUAUGAAAUAAUUUUAAUAAAUAAUUAUUUUUUUUUUUUUUUCAUUUCUUUAGUUACGUUUACUAAACCGAAAUUAAGAAAUUAUAAAAUUUAAUUUUUGUAAUAAUCUAGAAACAAAUUGUAUUAAAAAUUUACAUGAAAAUUGGUUAUAGAACAUUUUAAACGCAAACUAUUUUGAUAAUUAUCUGGACCCUCAUGAUUGUAAAAUAUUUUAUUGUUAAAAUUAAUGAAAAAAUGCCAUAAAUGUCAGUUAAAUAAUAACAAUAAUAAUAUCGUCAGCAAUAUUCUAAAGAA